AUGUCGUCGAAAGCGAUUUCGACGCGAGCGCAGAAAAGACGGUUGGGGGAGAGAGAUUCUUUGUGGGAUGUGAUCGUGAAGUGCGACGAUAUUUGUUUCACACAUAUUCUUCCGAGAUUGAAUCAAACGGAUCUCAAAUUCUUGUAUGGAGUGAAUACGGAGACGAGAAAGUUGAUUAAGAGAUCGUCUCGCAAGGGGGAGUUGAAAGAGGAGUUUUGGAUUGAAGAGAUGUCGUCGAUAUCGACUUUGGAAGUAGCGUGGGAGCAUAAAUCGUUGUGGCGGAGGAGCUGGGACGAACCAUAUUUCUGCUGGCAAGUUGCUCGAACGAAUAAACUCGAGUUGCUCAAGUGGGUGCGAGAGGAGAAAAAGUGUGAGUGGGAUAGAAGGACGAUUAAGGCGGCCGCAUGGCAUGGUAAUCUGGAAAUGAUAAAGUAUUGCGUUGCAAAUGAGUGUCCUAUCAAUGAGUGGACGUGUGCAAAUGCUGCCAAAAACGGUCAACUCGAGUGCCUCAAAUACUUACGCGAAGAAGUCAAAGCGCCUUGGGAUUCGGUAACUGCCGAAUGGGCGGCUGAAAAUGGUCAUCUCCACAUACUCGAAUAUCUUUUUGAGCGUAAGUAUGAUAAAUAUAACGUAGAUGCGUGUGAGUUGGCGGCCAGAGAAGGCCACUUGGACUGUUUGAAGUACUUACACGAAACCGCCAAAGCGCCUUGGGACUAUCGCGCCGUACGAGACGCUCACGAGAACAAACACCCCGAGUGUUUACAAUACCUCCUCGACAACAACUGCCCUCUACCACGCGGUUGGCGAUACGAGCAUGGAGUACUACACGAAACGUAG